AUGGCUCGCGGCAUUCUGACGGGCCUGGUGCUGUCGCUCCAGCUUGUUGCUGGCAAUGCUAUCGGCGCACCGCUGACAGAAUGGCAAAAACAGGUCUUCAGUGAGGUGGAGAAGAGUGCAGCCGAGCAGUCGAAAGCCGCAGAGCCAGAGCUCUUGGCUUUCUUCGAUUCAAAGGACUUCCGUGCGAACCUUUCCUCCUGCUGCCCAUCCGUAGCAAAACUUCCAGCCGCAGAGCUAUUGGACAGACUCUCCAAGCAGAUUCAGGUGGCCGAACUUGCAUCGGGUUUCCCUGCAGACCAAGAUCCUACGAAGAUGUUUCCGGAUUCUGCAGGAAUGUCUAUCGGCUUUGGCAUGAACGGCACCUUCUUCUUGAAUGACUGGCAAGCCAUUUUGCUACACUCCACGGAUCCAGAGGAAGUCUGGCAUGGUCUUGAAGCCACAUACGUAGCUUUUCGUGUCAACUCCUCCGGAAAAACCGUAACUCAAGAGCAGUGGUUCGGCGGAUGUACCGGCAACAAGACUCAGCCCAUGGAGAUGCUACUCUCUACGUGCUAUGAGCAGCCCUAUUCCCCGGGCAUGAGCAUGAUCGUGCGCUACGACUAUGACUCCGAGUCAGGUAAUGUGAAUUCUACCAUGUGGAUGGCUGAGAACAGCUCUGGUGUCUCUGGUGGCUGGAAGAGAUCUCUGGCGGCCACUAGCGAACCGAAGAAAGUCGAUUGUCCGCCGCAAGAGGCCGUGUUUAACACAGAGGUGUAUGUGGCAGAUGGCCACUGCCACACUUACACCAUGCAGAACAACUCUGAGCAAUUCGGGGCCCAGGAUCAUGCAGAGACCUUCGCGUAUGGCAUGAAGCCAUUUCAGGUCCGUGGGGCACCAUCAACCCUCAUGGAAGCUGGCGAGCGUCCGGUCUAUUCCAUGGUCAACUUGGACUUGAUUGACAUGGGAAGUCCCAUCUAUGGUGACGUCUCAGCCGUUUUUGCGCAGAAGUACAUCUUGAACAGCACACUGUUAUCUCCAACCGACACUGGCUUGUAUGAGAUGGGCUGCCUUGACAAGUCGGUCGUCCCCGUGCAAGUUGCAUACAACUGCAGUGCCCUCAGAGGCUUCCAGCAGCUGGGUACACUCCAGCACAACAAGCACCUUUGGUUGGUCAACAAGAACUUCUGGGGUGGUCUUGGUCUCCUCUAUACCGCCUUCCAGAGGAUGGAGGCUCCUUGGGGUCAUCAUGGCGUGGCAACCGGAUCGUUCCUGAACUACUUCGAAGGUGCUCUCCUUGGCCAAUUGCAGUACCCGGCGGCAAUUCGCUUUCUCAUCGGUGCUUUUCCAGCCCUCUUCGGCACCGACAUGGGAGUCAAGUUGCAAGCCUGGGCAAGGAGCCGUGGUUGGGUCUUGAUUUGGGCGCUAGGCCCGAAUGACAAGAUUGUUCCGGGACAAACUUCCGACUUCAAUUUUGCGCUGCUGGAAGGGCACUCGUCUUUCGCGGUCAACAAGCGCAUGAUUGAUCCCCUUGUCCUUUCGGAGACGACGGCGGCGGCAAGCUUGCCAUUGGGCUCCGAUGUAACCGACAAGUUCAAGCAGAUGUGGGCAGAGGUUGCCAACGUGCGGAACACAACGAACCUGACCAACGUGACCAUAGCGGAGAAAUGGAACGACACUGCCACGCUUCUUCCACAGCUUCCUGUUCGUCCUCUAAUGGGAGGCGACUGCGAGGUGCAGCUAGUGAACGCCGAAUGCAUUGGAAUGACUUUGCAGGGAAGCUGCGUGUGCUACGCCAGCACGGAGGUCGUUAGCCUUGUUGUGGUGUGA